UUUUAUUUUAUUUUUAAAGAGACGAGGUAUGCAAGAGGCGUGGUUUCCGAGGAAUUAUUAAAAGGAACAAAAAAAAUUAUAAUUGAUGUGAUUAACGUAUUACUUGUCGCUAGUUUAUAUUAAAAAACAGCCGGUUUCCAUGGAAUUAUUAAAAUUUAUUAAUGAGCAGUGUAUUUAAAACACGGUAGAACCUAACCUCAAACAAAUUAUAUCAUGGGGAAAGUGUUUUCGUCGAUAAAAAAUCCAUUUAAAAAUUUUAAUUUAGAAAGCAGAGCACAUAAAGUAAUAUCACAACCAAAACCAAUUCCAGCACCGCGACAUAAGAGGGAUCAAGAAACUUACGAGCAAAUGAUACAAGAAUAUCCAAAGGCGUUUGAGGAAAGUUUAAAGAAAAACGAAAAAUUAGAUAAGCAUUUGAAGAAUGUUUUUGUAGUUUCGCAAGAUCCGAAUGUAAAUAUCAAACAAGAACCUAAUCCUAAUAGACCUCUUCCAGCUGACAGGAGUCCUGUUCCAUCUUUUAUAUAUGGAAUAAAAGAACCAGAUCCUGAAAAAAUCCCGACGGGUAAAACCACUCUAGGAAAUGUAUUAGAAUUUAUAUCGAGGCAUCAAGAAGAUCCAAUAAACUAUAACGCCCAGAAAAUCGCUGAACAGUAUGUUCUAGACGAAGCAACAGUUGGAAAUAUAUUGAAAUACUUCAGGGUGUUUGAGAUGUAUUUACCCCAAGAAACGAGAAGUGCGAAGGCUAAAUUUGCAGGACCAAGUUUACCCAGAAUUCACGUUAUUAAAAAUAUUAGAAAACAACUUCCUCCACCUGAUUUGUCAAAAAACCAGAAUGACUAGGUGUAAACUAGGAUUUCGAAUUAAUUGUUAAUGUAGAAAUGUUUGAAAUAAUAAAACGUAUUAAUUUGUUCUCUAA